AUGCAGGCUCCUCGGGAAAUAAAGCAGCCUUUUCGCCCGGGGGCCCUGGGGGAGGUGGGUUCAGGGGACACCCAUCUGGGAACAAGGUGGGGCUGGCAGUCACAAGGGUGCAACCCCCUGGACUCUCUCUCCACAGGGACCUCCGUCUUCCAACUGACAGCAGUGGAUGCAGAUGACCCCACCGUGGCAGAGCACACCACCGUCAUGUACCACAUCCUGAAAGGAGACGAAUACUUUGGCAUUUCUAACUCUGGACUCGUCUUCACCAAAGUCAACAACCUGGACCGAGAAACGCAGGCCAAGUACGAGAUCGUGGUGGAAGCCCAAGAUGCCCAGGGCCUCCGCGGGGACUCCGGCACGACCACCGUGCUGAUCACUCUGGAGGACAUCAACGACAACUUCCCCAUCUUCACCCAGACUAACUACAACUUUACGGUGCCUGAAGACAUCCGUGUGGGCAGCCCCCUGGGCUCUCUGUUUGUUGAGGACCCAGACGAACCCCAGCACCGAAUGACCAAGUACAGCAUCGUGCAGGGAGAGUUCAGGGACACCUUCACCAUCCAGACGGACCCCACCCACAACGAGGGCAUCAUCAAGCCCACAAAGCCCCUGGACUACGAACGCAUCCAGCAAUACAGCUUCACCAUCGAGGCCACGGACCCGACCAUCAACCUCCGCUACUCAAGCAGCAUCUCCGCCAAAAACAAGGCCCGCGUCACGAUCCAUGUCACCGACGUGGACGAGCCCCCCGUCUUCCAGAAGCCCUUCUACCACUUCCAGCUGCAGGAGAACCUGAAGAAACCUCUCAUCGGCUCGGUGCUGGCCGUGGACCCCGACGCCGCGCGGAGGAACAUUGGAUACUUCAUCCGCAGGACCAGCGACAAAGGCCAUUUCUUCCAAAUAAGCAAGCAGGGGAAUAUUUACAACGAGAAAGAAGUAGACAGAGAAGUCACUCCCUGGUAUAACCUGACUGUGGAGGCCAAGGAGCUGGAUUCUAGAGGGAACCCCACGGGCAAAGAAUCCAUCGUCCAGGUCCACAUCGAAGUUCUGGAUGUGAACGACAACCCCCCAAAGUUUGCCAAGCCCUACGAGCCCACAGUGUGCGAGAAUGCUGAGCAGGGCACGCUGGUGGUGCAAAUCUUGGCAACAGACGCGGACAUAACGCCAAAAAAUGUGAAGUUCAAAUUCUCCCUGAACACCCAGGACAGCAACUUCACCCUCACGGAUAAUCACGAUAACACAGCCAACAUCACCGUCAAGUACGGGCAGUUUGACCGGGAGCAUACCAAGGUCCACCACCUGCCUGUGCUCAUCUCGGACAACGGGCGGCCGAGCCUCACAGGCACCAGCACGCUGACCGUGACCGUGUGCAAGUGCAACGAGCAUGGCGAGGCCACCUUCUGCAACGGGAAACUCUACCAGGGGUACAACAUCAUCCCCGUGCUGGUAGCCAUCUUCCUCUGCAUCCUCACCAUCACAGUGAUCAUGGUGCUCCUCUUCCUGCGGCGGCGGCUCCGGAAGCAGGACCGCGCCCACGGCAAGAGCGUCCCCGAGAUCCACGAGCAGCUGGUCUCCUACGACGAGGAGGGCGGCGGCGAGAUGGACACCACCAGCUACGACGUGUCGGUGCUCAACUCGGUGCGCCACGGCGGGACCAAGCCUCCGCGCGCCACGCGGGACGUGCGGCCGUCGGUGUACGCCAAGGUGCAGAAGCCGCCGCGGCACCUGCCGCCCCCCAAGCCCGGGGAGCUCGGGGACAUGGCCGCUGUGAUCGAGGUGAAGAAGGACGAGGCGGACCAGGACAGCAGCGGCCUGCCCUACGACACGCUGCACCUGUUCGACUACGAGGGCUCCGAGUCCAUCGCCGAGUCCCUCAGCUCCCUGGGCACCGGCUCCUCCGACUCCGACAUCGAUUACGACUUCCUCAACGACUGGGGGCCCAGGUUCAAGAUGCUGGCCGAGCUGUACAGCACGGACUCCCCGGAGGAGCUGCUGUAUUAGGGGCGGGUGCCCCGGGCCUGGGGACCCAAACCGUUGCGGCUGCAGCCAGCUGGACACCAGGCCUGACCUGGAAUGACAGCACGGACCCCCCAGGCCCAGCAGCCCUUCCUUGUGGGUCCCAGAGACCUCACCACCCUGGGCAGCAAACUCCAGGUCCCUGAAAUGUCCAGGAACCUGUUUCCGCGGCGGCUACCCCCCGAAAUGCUGGAACAUCCAAGCUAGCGGUGCCUGGGCUGGGACAGCCACAUAACCCUGUCACCAGGACCACACGUCCAAUGCAGAGACGUUUUCUCUAGCUCCUCAAAGAGCUGAUGUCCAACUACCAGAGACAGGUGUUCCCCAAAGGUCCCUAAACGCCCCCAGCGAGGCUGGGGAGGCCCUCGCGCCUGUCUCCCUGGAGGCAAAGGGCAGGACAGAAUGACCUGUGGGUGACCCUGCCCGCAGCCCGGUCCCAAGGAAGCCCAGGGCCAUCCAUGCCGCCUGCCCUGCUUCAACUUCCUCACACCCUCCCCCGCCCCCUCGCACUCGGAGGCCCCUCUCCAGGCCCCUGAAGAGGGAGGAAGGGGUCCCUGGCAGCUAUCCACUGGGGUCUUCAGGGGCCCUCGUCCGCCUGCCACACUAGUUUCUGUCCUGCACUGAGCGCUGAGCCGCAGCCUGCGUCAGGGAAGUGGCUUGCUGAGCUGUGAAGCAACUGUGAAUGCAUCCUGGAGGGACACAGGCGAUCAUGUGUGACAGACCAGGGGGUGAAGGCCACCCUCCAGAGGGGGCCUGGAGGGGCGUGACCCCGAUUGGAGACUCACUGACACGCCUCUAGUUUUGCCUGGGAAAUGGGGACGGAUGUGCCCAGAGCAGAACACGUCUUCCCAUCUCUGCCUCGCCCGGUCCUUCAUUCCUGCUGUCUCUUUUCUUUCUCUCCCCUCCUCCUCCUCCUCCUCCUCCUCCUCCUCCUCCUCCUCCUCCUCCUCCUCCUCGUCUCUGGACUCAGAGGCACUCAAGAUAUGAUCCACAGCAAUUGGCAACUCUGGCCAAUGUCCAAACCCAACUCUGACUGCACAACGGAGCCAAGCCAUUUGCCUUCACACCUCGUUGUUGCCGCAUCUCAGGGAACCCCAGCAGGGCCCUGUCCUUCAGGCACACCCUGCGGAAGACAAGGCCCCCGCCCCAUCCAAGCCCCUUCGUCCUCUGUGCAUCUCCCCCUUUCAGCCACACGUGGAACGUUCCAGCACAAACACACCUGGGAGAAGAGGAAUCACUCAAAGGGAGGGGCAGGGAUGGAGGCAAACUCUCCAACUCACCCUUGGCCAUGACUCAAGUCCCCCCUCUGAGGGCCCCUGACACAUCAGGGGAUCGUAGAUAACACUGACUUUAUUUUUAACCAAUAACUACCUUUUUUUAUAACUACUUAAUUUUUUUUUACUAAUAACACUUAUAUAUGUCUAGGUCUCACAAACAUAUAAGAUUUUUUGCAUAACAAGGUUGCUAUUUAGAUUAACAAUUUUAAUCCAGGUGUUUUAGUUGAAUAAACAAAUUCCUGUAACCUUCUAUUUCCUAUCAUUGUCAUAACUGCUCUAGGGAAAUUGACUAUAUAUUGACCACACUGGUGCAUGAAAUGUACUGUAUUUUUUUUUUAUACCUGAAUAAAGAUCUUGAAAUUCUUCCAUUU